UCCAUCCGUCUCAGUUGUCGGUGAGGCCGGCCGGGCGGAUCCCACAUUAGAGUGAAAGAGAAAAAUAAAACGCAACACAACAAUAACAACUUGGCCUUUACGUAGAUUAAGAUAACAAGCUCCCCUGUGGAUAUAUAAGAACAAGAUGCCCUCAGCAAUGAAUGCAAACAGGACAGUGCAAUCCGCCAGCCCAGACGUGGGAUCCGCUCUAGGGUUAAUGGGUGGCUGUGGACAGUCGGAGGUCCUGAAGCAAGUGCUGUGUAUCAUUGACAAGAAGGUCCGCAACAUGGAGAAAAAGAAGAGCAAAUUGGAUGACUAUAAAGUAAGGAAGAACAAGGGGGAAGGUCUCAACCAGGACCAGCUGGAGGCUCUCUCCAAGUACCAAGAAGUCAUGAACAACCUGGAAUUUGCCCGGGAGUUGCAUAAGACGUUUAUUACAUUAGGACAAGAUAUCCAGAAGGUGGUGAAGAAGUCUGCACGGCGGGAGCAGCUGCAGCGAGAGGAGGCAGAGCAGAGAAGGCUCAAGACCGUCCUUGAGUUGCAGUUUGUCCUGGAUCGGUUGGGUGACGAGACUGUACGGCAGGACCUGAAGCAGGGAGUGGGCGGCUCACCGCUUCUGACGGACGGAGACCUUGCUACUUUUGAUGAGUUCUAUAAGUUGGUGGGACCAGAACGGGAUCAGAAUGUGAGGUUGGCUGACCAGUAUGAGGAAGCAUCUGUGCACCUUUGGGACCUGCUUGAAGGGAAGGACAAGGCUGUGGUUGGAACAACAUACAAGGCACUGAAAGAAACAUUGGACCAGGUUCUGCUGAGUGGGUACUUUGACCGGAUUCCAUCUCACCAAAAUGGAGUUUGUGAGGAGGAAGAGGAGGAAGGGCAGGCAGCGCCAGCUGUAGUAGCAGCGGCACCAGUCACCGAAUCAUCAGAGGCAGAAGAGCAGACAGCUGAUCCAGAAACUGAAGUCAUGGAGGAAUUUACAGAGGCCGUCACAGUGGAAACCACAGAAUUCAUAAACAGACAGUUCAUUCCAGACAGUUCUUACAGCGGCAGUGAAAAAGAGCAGGGCGAUGAAUGGACCAGGGAACCUGAGGCUGUUAGUGCCUUGCAGCAACAACAACCUGUACAGCCUACAGCUCCCCCUGUUGCUUUGGAGACCCAUCCCAUGAACCUCGCCUCUCCCGUCCCCCCGACUGACCCCAUGGUCCGCAAGCAAGUGGUGCAGGACUUAAUGGCACAGAUGCAGGGAACUUACAACUUCAUGCAGGACUCCAUGUUGGAGUUUGAUGGACAGCCCAUCGAUCCUGCCAUUGUGUCAGCACAGCCAAUGAAACCUGCUCAGACCAUGGACGUGUCCCAGAUGGUUUGUCCUCCAGUUCACCCCGAGUCCCGGCCAACACAACCCACCUCUGUUCCUGUACAGCCUGAGCCCACACAAGUCCCUAUCAUCUCGUCGACACCGCCCCCGUUGUAUCAAACCUCUCACACACCAGAUCCUCGACCCUCAACAGACCCCAUCGACCCCAUCCAGACCUCCAUGUCAUUGUCGUCAGAGCAGCCUCCCCCCUCCACAGCUCUCCCACCUGCCUCACAGACGCAGGUUUUCCAGCCUGUUUCCAAAGCUCCUCACACCAGUGGCAUCAAUGUCAACGCAGCUCCAUUCCAGUCCAUGCAAACAGUGUUCAACCUUAAUGCCCCAGUCCCGCCAGCUAAUGAGACGGAGGCCCUGAACCAGGCCAACCAGUACCAAAACAGCUACAAUCCAGCUUUCAGCAGCCAGUCGCAGCAUUCUGUGGAGCAGUCAGAGAUUCAGUCUGAGCAGCUACAGUCUGUAGUCGGUGCCUUCCACUCCCAAGACCAGACUGGAGGCCACCAGCAGCCCCCUCAACAGGGUCCAGGCUUUGGCAGACAGAGUCAGUCCUUCUACAACAGCAGAGGCAUGUCUCGUGGUGGACCCAGAAAUGCCAGGGGCAUGAUCAAUGGCUACAGAGGCUCUUCCAACGGAUUCAGAGGUGGUUAUGAUGGUUAUCGGCCUCCCUUCGCCAGCACUCCCAACUCUGGAUACGGACAGCCCCAGUUCAACACACCUCGGGACUACUCGAAUGGGAAUUACCAGAGGGACGGUUACCAACAGAACUACAAGCGAGGAGCUGGCCAAGGACCCAGAGGAGUUUCAAGAAGCAGCACUCAAGCAAUGCGAACCUGAAAUGGCCUUUUUAAAAUGACUGUGACUGAAAGAUUUGCACCACACUGAAAAAUUAAAAAUUCAUAAAUUCAUUCUCCCCCCACUCACGUUUGCUCUGAUUUCUUUGUUCCUUAUCAGUGGUAUUUUUACUUUCUGUCUCUACAAUCAAAGUGGUGCGAGCUUUGAUAUCUGGAAAUAAUAAAUCAUUUAAAGCUCAAAACACACAAGGUAAGCUGUGAACCCAAUCCCUGGUUUACACAAGCUGUGUGUACCAACAGUCCUGUAAACUUGAAAGAUUCCAUAAGUUAUAUAUAUAUAUUUUUUAUUACCAAAUGCACCUGCCACUGCUGGUCCAAAUUGUGGGAGUUUCUUUCCCUUCUUUGGUUCUUUUCUGUCAUUUUGGUUCAAAGAAAGAAGACAUUUUUUGUUAACGAGCUCCCCUUGUUUGUAAAUUGAUGUUGCUUCAAGAGUUUCAAUAAAGUUGUGUUGCAUAAUCAUG